AUGGGGAAACCGCAAUGGAAUGGAGGAAAAAGUAGAAGGCUACCAUGGAAAUACAGGGAAACCUUAAGGAACAAGUGUUCUGAAGCUAUCAUCGGUAAUGAAGCAGGUGUGAAAGACAAGUCCCGUUUGCCAGGUGAAACGAUGACUACAAAAUCAGCAGUUCUCAUGUUAGCGUGCUUUCUUCAACUAUGUGUUGUAAAUGGGCAGGUAAUAUGUGAGAGGCAAAUGAGUGCUGAAUGGCGAAUGGAACCAAAACCUACUGUAAUAAAAUGGACACCAAGGGAAAAUAUCUGCUCAGACUUUUACACCGAAUGCUGGAAUAUGAACAAAAGUAUUACUGAGGAAACCUUGGAAGAACAAAAUCUCAGUAUCCCUCAAAUAUGUCCCUUAGAGCUUCAAUUAGGUGAUAGUCUCUUCAUCUCCUCUGAGCCAUCCUUUCAGUCCUACGGAAUGAAUUUGGUAAAUGUCUCCCAGGAAGAAUUUAUUAACUGCCCUAAAGCUGAUUCUCUUCAAGAGCAGUUGAUUUUUGUUUGCCAGAUAAGAGGACUGCACCAAAUUGAUCCUAACUGGCUUGGUGUUGGAACUCAUUACUUUGCAGAGCUUCAUAAGAGAGGCCCAUUGUUGUGCAACAUGGGCCUUCGUCUGAAUGUAACUGUGAAGCAGCAGUUUUGCCAACAGUCUCCAAAUGCACCACUAUGCUCUGGGCAUGGAAAAUGUCUAAGCCAUGUUUGGGAAAAAGCAUAUAAUUGCCAUUGUUUCUCACAGUAUUCUGGAAGAUUCUGUCAGAAAUUUAAUAUGUGCUCCACUAAACCUUGCCACAACAAUGCCUCCUGCACUGAGAAAUCAGAACUUUCUGAAGAUUCUUAUGAAUGCACGUGCCCUUCACAAUUUUCAGGUAAAAAUUGUACAGAAAUAAUUGGACAGUGUCAGCCACAUACGUGUUUCAAUGGUAACUGCAGCAAUGUUACUCCAAAUACUUUUCUUUGUGAAUGUGACAAGGGCUUCACAG